AUGGCCUGGGACAGGGACAGUAUCUCGUCGUACAAGGAAGAAUACAUAUUGCAAUUGAAUCAUUCGCAGCUAGAGGAAAUCAGCGGUGCCUUGCACCAUUUCAAGUCUCUAGGCAAGCCUCUUGAGCUUCUUGACCCGACCACCUUCCCCCUGCCAUCGCUACAUUAUAUCCUCCGUGGUGUAUCGGAUAACAUCCACUCAGGCACUGGGUUCACCCUGGUUAGGGGCAUUCCAGUUGAUCGCUAUUCUGCUGAGGAGAAUAUGAUCAUAUAUAUUGGCCUCUCUUCUCAUGUAGGCCGCAUCCGUGGCCGCCAGGACCACCAGUAUAAUGGAUAUCCUGCAGACGUUGUUGUUGCGCAUAUUACAGAUAUGAGGCCUUCUUCCAAAGGAAAUGGUUCCGUUACCCUUGCCAGUUAUACUAACGAUGAGAUCCCUUUCCACACAGAUGUUGGAGAUAUAGUAUCCCUUUUGACAUUGAGUGAACCUGCUGAAGGGGGCGAAAGCCUCUUGGCAAGCGGUUGGAGAGUCUAUAACGAGCUUGCCAAAACUAGGCCUGAUCUGGUUGAGGCUUUGGCGAGUGAUUGGCCGAUUCCAAGUUCUAAAGAAGAGGGUCUUACCUUUUACCGCCCUCUAAUAUUCCACCAGGAUUCAUCGGAAACCACGUCUGAGAGAGUGCUUAUCCAUUUCUCGAGAAGGUCGUUAGUGGGGUUUGGCUCCCUCUCCCGUACGAGGCUGCUUUCUGUGAAACAGGCCGAAGCGCUUGACUCCCUCCACUUCCUGGCUGAAAAGUUCCACAUAUCCAUGCAACUUCGGAAGGGAGAUAUGCAGUUCAUCAAUAACUUAAGCAUCUUACAUUCCAGAAAAGGCUAUAAAGAUGGCCCCCAGCAUAAACGACAUCUUCUCCGACUGUGGCUGAGGGACCCCAGUAAUGCCUGGCCGACCCCGGAAAAACUUCGUCACAAAUGGAAUGCUCUAUAUAACAGAGAAGAGUCUCGUGGGCCUCAAGUGUUUCCGCUAUGCCCAUACACGAGAUCAGCUGGAAAAUCAAAUACAGCUGUGUAA